UUUAAAUCAGUUCAGAGCGAGGCGCGCCCCAGAUCGGACGCAAUUUUGUAACGUGAAGGAAUCGUCGCGCUUCACAUACCUACGUUUUUUUUUAUUCGACAAGGAGCGUUCCGAGAUUUGGUGGCGUGUCUGAACGAUCAAGCCAUAUCGGCAGGUGAUUAGUUCAGAGACGACAAUCAGUUCAUCAGAGUGACUGCUCAGUCAGCGGUGGUGAUCAAUGAGUUGGAAUCAUUUGGAAAAAACCCCGCUACUUUGUCUGGGAGAAUUGUGGCUGGUCCUGACAUUGUAGUUAAUUAGAAAUCCAUAUGAAAGUGAAAGAGUGCAUCUGUGAGAAGAAUAAUUUCAUUCAAUAAAGUGAACAUGUGAGCUAUCACAGUCCCUUGCAUAGAAUAUCAAACGUAUCAAAAGAUUGUGGGUGGCUGCGGAACAGCUGUUAGCAUCUGUGAACUGUGAUAGGUGGGAGUUGUAAAAUUUGUUUUAAGAUCAUUCCUAACGGUGUCGAUCCGUUCAAGCGGUGUUUAACAAAAUCCGAAAUGGUCAAACUCAGCUGUCUGAUCAUGCUUUUGGCGCUUAGUUUCGAUGUCACACAAUGUUGGAAAUUUGACAGGCUACCCAGACUGUAUGGAGACAAGCUGCCGACGAGAGUGAUAUCACCGCGGACGCGCAAAGUUCAACGCCGGAUCGUUGUGCUGCAUGAUUUCUUCCGCACCAAAGUCGUUCCGCCGGCAUCCAAUAUGUUGAGUAUGAAGUGGCACUACGGAGCGGCUCGGUCGGCUCAAAAGUGGGCGGAUCAGUGCCGGCUGCUAACCCACGAUAGUCCGAAGGGACGCUGGCUGGACAACUACGGCGCGUGUGGUCAAAACAUCUUCGUCUCCACGCAUAAGGUGCCAUGGUUAUUCGCACUUAAAACGUGGUUCCUGGAGCGACAAAACUUUACAUACGGAUCGCACAAAAACGAUCUAGUGGCGGUUGGACACUACACCCAAAUGGUAUGGGCAGCAACGCACAAAGUGGGCUGCGGUCUGACCAAGUGUGCACGAGGUGGUCCUCGGGGAAAGCCGUUCUACAAUUAUGUGUGCAACUACUGUCCAAUCGGAAACCACGAAGAUAAACUGGGCACGCCGUACAAGCGCGGCAAACCCUGCGGUUCCUGCCACCAACAUUGCCACUCGAAGAAGAUUAAACUAUGUACCAACACUUGCAGUUCGGCCGAUCUGUGGGCCAAUUGUCGGGAGCUUUACAAAACAUGGCCCGGCUGGCUUUGUAAUACAGUGACAUCGGAAGGGUUGGAACGACAACGGAGCUGCCUGGCCACCUGUACCUGCCAAGGAAAGAUUCAUGACUGAUGCCCAAAGGAGUAAAUUGUUGUUGGAAUGUGUCAUUGUUACUACUCAUUGUGCCAUAUAUGUAUUGAUAAAUGCUCAUGAAAAAAGUUCAUAUUCGAAAUCAUGCAGAGCCACGCUUGUAUAAUUAGUUUAGCUGUGGCGGUAAUACAUGAAAUGUUAAUGUAAGAAUUAAAUGUGAUUUUUUAUAA